CAUCCCCAUCCCCAUCCCUCUCUCGAAGCUUCAGUUCGUGUACCGGACAGACAACGUUAAUCGACAUCAUUAUAAAUACAUUCAAUAAUCGGGCAGAACUGGCGAAGAUGAAGCAGAGGAGCCCCGUUUCCAUGGAGAACUUGCUGGGACUUCUGAGAAUUCGCGUGCUCCGGGGAGUCAACCUGGCCGUUCGUGAUGUCCGGAGUAGCGAUCCGUACGUUAUUGUUCGCAUGGGCAAACAGAAGCUAAAGACCAGUGUGGUGAAGAAGAAUGUCAAUCCAGAGUGGAACGAAGAUUUGACGUUGUCUAUUUCAGACCCAAAUCUUCCUGUCAAGCUGCAAGUGUAUGACAAGGAUCUAUUCAGUUGUGAUGACAAAAUGGGGGACGCAGAAUUCGACAUCGCGACAUAUGUAGAAGCCGCACGGAUGCACUUCCAAGAUGUCCCCAGUGGGACCAUAAUCACCAAGAUCAAACCGAGCAGGGAGAAUUGUCUGGCCGAGGAAAGCAACAUUGUCUGGGAAAAUGACAAGGUUGUCCAGAACAUGGUUUUGAGGUUGCGGAACGUUGAGUGCGGGGAAUUGGAGCUCCAGUUGCAGUGGAUCAACAUUCCAUCGCGGGUCAAGAACCCGUACGGCCGUUCUCUAGUGCAGGUACAAGAUGAUGUACAGAAUGGCUCAUGGCAUUAGCUUAAUAAUGUAACUUUAAGUCU